AUGACGAGGAUGUGCGAUCUUAUAGAGGACUUGGUGGUGGAGAUACUCACAAGGGUUCCGAUAACAUCUCUGAAAGCAGUAAGAUCUACUUGCAAAUCAUGGGAUGAUUUAUCCAAAAACUUUAUUUUUGGUAAAGCAACAUCAACGCAGCAAUUUCUAGGGUUCUUGACGAUGAAUUCUAAGGUUUAUUCCUUGAGAUUCGAGCUCCAGGGAACCGGUAAGUAUAGAAAAAAAGGUGCCUCUAUAAAGCAAGUAGCUAUACCUUAUCAAGUCGAGAUAGCUAAAGUCUUUCACUGCGACGGCUUAGUGUUAUGCGUCCCAAAACGCAAAUCGAGGCUAAUGGUGUGGAACCCGUAUUUAGGGCAAAGAAGGUGGCUCCCGCAAAGAACAGACAUUUUGGACAACUUUGCUCUCGGAUACGACAACAAUCACAACUAUAAAAUCUUGAUGUUUUCCGAGAGUUCAUACGAAAUCUAUGAUUUGAGCUCUAGUUCAUGGAGUGUUCUUCACGUCUCUCCCGACUGGAUAAUAAAAACUGAUAGACUCUGCGUGUCUUUGAAAGGAAGGGCUUACUUUGUUGCUGAAGGGAUGAUACCAAACGUUAAAAACUUUUUUGUCGGUUUCGAUUUUACAAGAGAAAGAUUUGGACAGCGUCUGCCUCUGCCGUUUCAAUAUGCUAGUGUGGAUACUGUGAUGCUGUCUUGUGCUAGGGAAUAG